UAAUGUACAUUUGUACUUUUCAAAUCUGCCCCUAUUGGAUCACAGCUUUGAGCGUCAUAUGAAGGAAAAUAACUGUUUGACAAGAGAAAAAAAAAAAAAAAAAAAAAAGCAGUUUACUGAAGACCAUUUGCUUAUAAAUAGAUAGGAUGGCAAAUUUUUGGUUAGCUUUGCUAGUGUUUUCAACAAUGUUGAGAGCUAUUGUGGUACAACCACAAGAACCGACAGUGAACAUCACAAUACUUCACAGCGCCACUGCUGCAGGCGCAGUGUGCCUUGAUGGGAGUCCACCAGCAUAUCAUCUGGAUAUGGGACAUGGUAGCGGCCUUCGCAGCUGGAUCAUCACCAUUGAAGGAGGUGGCUGGUGUGACAAAAUCUCGAAUUACUAUAAUCGUUCAAAUGGACGCUUAGGUUCUUCCACGAAGAUGCAGUUGCAGAAACCACCUACCUAUACAUUUGGAGGCAUUCUUCAUAACGAUCCCAAAACUAAUCCAGACUUUUACAAUUGGAACAGAGUAUUGGUUAGGUAUUGUGAUGGAUCUUCUUUCACUGGUGAUGUUGAAGAUGUCGAUCCCGAUACCAAACUUUAUUAUAGAGGGGCAAGAAUCUUUAAAGCCAUUAUGGAUGAUUUAUCACAGAAAGGAAUGCGAAAUGCUGAAAAUGCAAUCCUAUCUGGAACUUCAGCAGGAGGAUUGUCUACAAUCUUGAACUGCGACAAGUUCAGAUCCUUCCUGCCAGAGAAUGCCAGAGUUAAGUGUGUUGCAAACGCAGGCUUCUUCAUCAACGCGAAGACUAUCUCUGGUACUUCAUAUAUCCAAGAGAUGUAUAACAGAGUUGUAACUCUACAUGGAUCUGCUAAGAAUUUGCCUCCAUCGUGCACCUCUGCAAUGGAACCGAGUCUGUGCUUCUUCCCUCAAAAUGUUGUUCCAUAUGUUCAGACUCCAAUGUUUAUAAUCAAUUCAGCCUAUGAUUCUUGGCAGAUUAAUAGCACAUUGGUUCCUGCAUACCUCGAUCCUCAACGUGCAUGGGAUCAUUGCAAGGCUCAAAUAAGUAACUGCACACUUAGCCAACGAAUAAUCAUUCAAGCUUUUGGAGUGGAGUUCUUAAAGACAUUCAUGGGACUCACCCCUUGUUAUACGAGGGGUUAUUUCAUCACGUCUUGUCACACUCAUGGUAGAAUUAUGUGGACGAGUUACUGGUUCAAUACUAUCUCUCUGACAAUACUUGAUAAGACAAUUGCCGAAGCGGUUGGUGAUUGGUACUUUGACAGAGUAGGAUUUCAUCAACAUUUAGACCCAUACCCUUUUGCUAGAGACUGCUAGUGAACUUUAUGAAACUAGAUGCUCUACUAAGCUACUGAUUCAGUAUCCAGCUAAUGCAAAAUUAACUUUGUUUAGAUUUCAAUUACUGUUUCUUUCGCUGAUUAUGAGGUGCUUGCAAUAUUCUGGCUUCUGUUAUUUGACAGCUCUCAGCUCUCUUUUUAAAUCUCGGACGGGUAUAUUUUCCAUAUUAACUUAUAGAUCUUGUUGUAGAUUUAUCUACCUCAUUAUUGAAAAAGAGUUCUCGGAUAUCGGUCAUGGAACAUAGCAAUUUUGUAGAUAUUCACAUAUAAACCAACGAAUUAUCAAAAGCACUGACGCAGACAAAAACUAACAAAUAAAAAGGAAAAGGAAAAAAAAAAAUACUAUUUACCUUUUCUUUGAUAGCAAAAUGUACUAUGUUUUAAAACAAGACAUUUUCCCAAGAUAAGAUUGCAGGGUAUAAUUAAAGGGGAACGAUCAAUAGAGCUUUACAUACUGUAAGGCAAGUACAAGUUUAUGGAUAGAAAUAAUUAUUUGAUUUUAUUUGACGGGUUGAAAAAGCUCAGUUUGAAGAUUUAAACUAUAUGGUCUCUCUUCACUCGAUGUG